ACUGCGUCCGUCGUCUUGCUGACUUCACCUUACAUGAGCAGCCAUGGCAGCAUAUCUCUCGUGUACGGAUAGUCUCAAUGGCUCUACUGUAGCUAAUGCCCACUAGACCGAUGAGCCUGAUGAAACCGCAUCCCAAGGAUACCCGACUGGCCCAGCCCAGCCCCAUUCCGCAUUCCUCUCUCUCUUCCCUCUUCCGAGUCCCAUCGAGUCUUUCCAGUGGCUUUGCCCAGCCUAGCGUGCCAUUGAUGAUGCAAGACGCCCGUCUCAGUCCCCUCUCUUUCCCAUCUUUCCCAUCUUUGCCUGUCACCUUGUCUCUGUCUCGUAUGCUCGGCGGGGGUUGCGCGCGCCUGUUCAUGUUGAUAUAAGACCACGACCUCCCCCUCUUGUUGUUUCGCUAUCUACACCCAUCAUCUCUUUAUUGAGCACCAAUUCACUCUUCCUUUCCCUCAUCUCCAUACAAGACAUCAAUCCGUCACAAUGGCUCCCAAGAUUGCCAUCGUCUACAGACACAACGAAGAUGAUGAUACACACGUUCCCACUACAUUCGGUUGCGCGGCUUCUUCUGCCGACGCCGUUAAUGACACCAUUAUACGGCCGGUUCGCCCGCACGAGAGCGCCCUGAACCAACCCCACCUUACACCUCACAUCGCUUCCCCAACCCCAAAAUCCCGAAGAAUAGCCCCCUGCCAUUAUGACCGUCCUGCUAACACCACGAUCUUCCAGUACUCCAUGUACGGCCACAUCCGCCAAUUGGCCGAGGCCGAGAAGAAGGGCAUCGAGAAGGCCGGCGGCACCGCCGACCUCUUCCAAGUCGCAGAGACCCUCCCCGAAGAAGUCCUCACCAAGAUGGGCGCGCCCCCAAAAGCAACAGACGUCCCCGUCCUCGACGACCCCGCCACCCUCGAAUCCUACGACGCCUUCCUCCUCGGCAUCCCAACCCGCUACGGCAACUUCCCCGCCCAGUGGAAGGCCUUCUGGGACAAGUCCGGAAAGCAGUGGUCCACGGGCGGCUACUGGGGCAAGCUCGCCGGCCUCUUCAUCUCCACCGCCUCCCUCGGCGGCGGCCAGGAGUCCACCGCCAUCGCCGCCAUGUCGACCUUCGCCCACCACGGCAUCAUCUAUGUCCCCUUCGGCUAUGCCAAGGCCUUCCCGCUCAUGGCGGACUUGUCUGAAGUCCACGGCGGUGGCCCCUGGGGCGCGGGUACUUUCGCGGGCGCUGAUGGAUCCCGUCAGCCUUCGGCGAAGGAGUUGGAGAUUGCCAAGAUCCAGGGCGAGGCAUUCUACCAGACUGUCGCCAAGCACGUCGGUUGACUGCAUGGCAGCGAGAGCGGUGGUGCUACCGCCGUUGCGGACGGGGUGAACGGGUCCGAGAAGCCGGCUGCGGCGAAAGCGGACCCCGCGGUUCCGGUAGCAAAGGAGCCGGCCCCGGCGACGGAGACCCGAAAGGCCCCUCAGGAAUUGGACGACAAGGACGUCAAGGCCGGUCCGUGCGGUCUGCCUAGCAAAUGUGUCGUGCAAUGAAAGGAUGGGGGGGUUGUUUUUGACAUGAUGCCGUUGAAAAUUUACUGAAAAAAAAGAUAAUAAUGAUACCUCACUUACUACUGAUA